UUUCCCCAACUCGCUGUUGAUACGCAAGUUCUGCACCUGAACCCUGCCAGCUAGUUAUUAUAAGAACUGCUGAAGGAUUGGGGUCGGUAUUUAAAAUACUUUGUUCUUCCCCGGGUCCCGCGCCCCCUUUUCCCUGCGCAGGCUUCCGUCUCCCACAAAGACAACCUGCCGAAAAUGCUUAAGCGUGAGGCCGCCGCGCGCCCCGUCACGUGACGCUCCCAGCGUCGCUCCGGCCGAGGAGCGGGAAAGGCGGCGGGUUGGCCGCCAUUUUUUUCUCCCUCGAGGGACGAUGCGGCGUAGGCUUCGCCCCGCGCUCUCACUGGCUCUGCUCGUGCUGCUGUAUGGACCACCGCCAGGAGCCCGACCUUCCGGGGUCCCUACACACGGUUGUGGAACAAGGCCUCUUAUAGAUGAGAAAAAAACUGGGACUCAGAUAGUAGGUGAUAAUGAGGCUCAGCUCGGGUCAUGGCCAUGGCUUGUUAGUCUUCAAAUUUAUCGUGUUUUUCAAGGCGGGUAUCGUCAUAGAUGUUGUGGAUCUUUAAUUAGUAACAACUUAGUAUUGACAGCAGCACACUGCAUUAAAGAAUGGGUGAACCCGGAGUACUGGAGAGUUGUGAUUGGCUUACGUCAUCUUUAUAAACGUCAUUCUUAUACUAUAAAUCGCCGGGUGAGAGAAAUUGUGGUCCAUUCUCAUUUCAAAGUGAACAGCUAUGACAAUGACAUUGCCUUAUUUGAAUUAAUAAAGUUUGUCGAAUACGAUGACUAUAUUCAGCCCAUCUGCUUACCUGACAUUCCUCUUCUAGUGACAGACAAGAACCCAUGUUAUAUAAGUGGAUGGGUGGGAAAAGAGGAGAAAGGUGAUUUGAAAUAUAUAUUACAAGAAUCUCAGGUAGACAUUAUACCACUGUACAUCUGUGCCAGACAUCCCUGGUAUUCAGGGCAUGGAAUAUCAAGGGAUGUAAUUUGUGCUGACUCUGCAAGCGGACAUGAAAACACCUGUCAGGGGGACAGUGGUGGACCUUUGAUGUGCUAUUUCCCAAAUGUUUCCAAAUAUUAUUUGAUAGGAAUCACCAUCUCAAGCGUUAGCUGUGGCCAGCAAAAGUAUCCAGGAAUCUAUCUUGGUACAAGUCAUUUUUCAGACUGGAUAGUUUCACAUCUACGUGGUAAAACCAGCACUGUGAACAUUAAGUGUGUCCUGAUCUUUUUGACUGUGAAGUGGGUAAUCUUUCACCUUGUUCUAUAAAAGCUUGUGGAACAAGGCCUAUUGUGGAUGAGAUACCAGCAGGGUCUCGGAUUAUAGGUGGACAUGAUGCUCAACUUGGAGCAUGGCCUUGGCAAGUCAGUCUUCAAGU